AUGUCAAGGCCAGUUCCCGCAUUUCACGCGCUUUUUUCCUCGGAAACAGCGCCAAACUGCCGCAACGCCAAAGAGAUCGAGGCCUCUUUCUGCGGCGUUUCUCUGCUCGAUGAGCUUCUUUCCGAGGCGCUUCCCUUCGUUUCCAUUUCGCUCAUUCCGGGGCCAACCGACGCGGUUUCCUCGCUCGUUCCGCAGCAGCCGCUGCACCCCUCGCUGCUCCCGCGCUCUGCGCGCUUCUCCUCGCUGGAACGCGCCACAAACCCGUUCCACGCGCUGAUUCAAAACCGCGACGUGCUGGGAACCGCGGGGCAAAACAUUCAGGACAUUCUGAGACAGAUCGCCCCGCCUUUGUCGGUGCUGGACGUCAUGGCGUUGACCCUGCAAUGGGGCGUUCUGUUCCCCACGACGCCGAACACGUGCCCGGGAUUUCCGCUCACGACGCACGAUCCGUUCAUUGUGCGAACCGUCCCGGACGUCGCUGCCGUCGUUCGCGAGCUCGGGAACGGCGGUGGUUGUGGAUUUGGAGACGCUGAGCAGCUCCGUGAUGGAGUUUAA